GUGGAGAGAUGAAGGAAUAAAAGGAAAAAGAAAGUGUAAUAAUUAAAGAAGGAAAAAAGUAGACGACGAAAUGCCUAACGAGAAAACUUCGAUGAUAAAAAAGUAAUAGGUCUGGGAAUGGGUUUUGCUUUCAGAACUACGGAUAUCGGAAUCCCUGUAGACAGUCCAAAUUUGAUGCUUCUCUUUUAUGUCGCGCAAUUGUUUCUGCGCGAGCUCUGCAAAAGUAAGAACCUCAUCCGCAUCGUGCCGAUGGACAUGACGGAGUAUUACGAAACUCGAUCCGGCCCGUCCAACAUCGGCAAUGUGAUCUCACAAAUAGUUCUCUGUAAGCAAAUCACACCAGAUUUCUACGAGGAAGAAUUGUGCAGUAUCCAGAAAGAUUCGGAAGAAAUACGUGGUUUGAUCAACGAACUGCAAGAGUUUAUGCCUCAAUCAAGUGGCGAUAUAGAAAAGUACACGGCUUUACAAAAUGCGGGAAGUUGGAGUAAUCGUACCAACGGUAGACGGAUACACCGAUGGAACCAAACUCAUAAUAGACCUACUAGAACUACCAGACAAUCGUCCUACUUUUGCGGAGCUUUGAAUCUUUUUUGUUGCGCAACAAGAACAAAUUACGUUUAAUUAUUAAACAUAUUUGCCCGCCAAAUUUUUUUACAAAAAAUUUUGUUGCAAAAGAUUUUUAUUAAUUUCCUCCUGUGUUAGAUUUUCUGUUUUAAAUUUUAAGAAUAAUAAUUUUAAAUUUUCAUAAAUAAAGAGAAAUUCUCGCUAUGUUUUGCAAUCAUGAAACGAAACAUUCUUAUAAUUAGUCGAUUAGAUGAUAAGAAACCUAAUACUGAGAUUUGAUUUAGUUAAUAAUACAAACCAUUUAAUAAUAA